UUGAUUUGUGAAGCGUCAAUCAAGCUAGUCAAAUUUUGUGAAUCAGCCGGCGAAACAAAAACGCUUGAUCAUUAUUAUAUUUAUUUCAUUAUAUUUAGCUAUUAAAGGAUAAAGGUUUAAAAUGAGAAUGAACAUCACCUCUGCAGCGGGGGUACUCUCACUGCUAGAUGAGACAGAGCCACAGCUUAAGGUGUUUGCACUGGAAAAGCUGAACAAGAUUGUGGACAUUUUCUGGGCGGAGAUUUCAGAAUCCAUUGACAAGAUUGAGGUUUUGUACGAAGAAACAGCAUUCAAACAGAGAGAACUAGCUGCUCUUGUUGCUUCAAAGGUAUACUACCAUCUAGGCUCGUUUGCGGAUUCCCUGACCUACGCGCUUGGUGCUGGUGCUUUAUUCAAUGUCAACGACACAACAGAAUAUGUCGAAACCACUAUUGCAAAGUGCAUUGACCACUACACCAAACUAAGGGUUGCCAAUGCCGAAAGCUCGGAAGAAGACCAGAAACCAAUUGAUUCUCGACUUGAAUCGAUUGUUAACCGCAUGUUCCAGCGAUGCUUUGAUGAUAAACAAUACAAGCAGGCGGUCGGAAUCGCCUUGGAAACCCGCAGGAUUGAUAUUUUUGAGCGUGCCAUUCUUGAAAGUGAGGAUGUAAACUACAUGCUGACUUACAGUCUCAAAGUGACCAUGUCCCUGAUACAGCAUCGCCAGUUCAGGAACACUGUGCUUGAAGUUCUGACCAAACUCUACAUGGGGCUGGCCACUCCGGAUUACAUCAAUGUCUGUCAGUGUUACAUUUUCCUCGAUGAUGCUCAGUCAGUCGCUGAAGUUUUGGAGAAACUCGCCAAAGGAGAUGAGACAUCUGUCCUCAUGGCUUAUCAGAUAGCCUUUGAUAUGUACGACAGUGCCACCCAGCAGUUUCUUACCCGGGUUCUUAGUACCCUGAGGGCAGCUGCUCCGGUACCCAUCAUUGUGGAGAAAACACCUGUAAAGGCCGAUAAAGAGGACAACGACAAGGACAAAGACACUUCAGAAGGGGUUUCCAUGGAAACAGAAGAGACAACCCCGGAACAAACGAAGGAGGCGAAGGAAACCAAAGAGAAAUCACUGAGCGAGCCAGAGAAGUUGCUCCAGGACCGCCUGACCAAACUACUGACGAUCCUCAGUGGGGAUAUGACCAUCGACCUUCACCUGCAGUUUCUCAUCAGAAAUAACAAAACUGACCUUCUGAUUCUAAAGAAUACCAAGGAGGCAGUGCGCAACUCUGUAUGUCACUCAGCAACUGUGAUCGCGAACGCAUUCAUGCACUGUGGGACGACCUCAGACCAGUUCCUAAGGGAUAACCUGGAGUGGCUGGCCAGAGCUACAAACUGGGCCAAGUUCACUGCCACUGCCAGUCUUGGAGUCAUACAUAAGGGCCAUGAAAAAGAAGCACUGAAUCUCAUGUCCACAUAUCUACCAAAAGAUAAUAGCCCUGGAUCGGCAUUUUCUGAAGGUGGAGGCCUAUAUGCUUUAGGUUUAAUACACGCUAACCAUGGGGGUAAUAUAACUGACUACCUGCUUAAUCAAGUUAAAGAGGCUUCUUCAGAUAUGGUUCGUCAUGGUGGUUGUCUCGGGCUUGGGCUUGCUGCCAUGGGAACUGCCAGACAAGAUAUUUAUGAACAGCUUAAGUUUAACCUUUAUCAAGACGAUGCUGUCACAGGUGAGGCAGCAGGCCUAUCUAUGGGGUUGGUAAUGGUUGGGACCAAGUCGGCCCAAGCAAUUGAGGACAUGGUCGCAUAUGCCCAAGAAACCCAGCAUGAGAAAAUCCUGCGCGGUCUGGCUAUCGGGAUCGCGCUUACCAUGUAUGGACGUAUGGAAGAAGCAGAUGCCCUCGUUGACAGUUUGUGUCGAGACAAAGAUCCAAUCCUCCGUUGGUCAGGAAUGUACACAAUAGGCAUGGCGUAUUGUGGUUCGGGGAACAACCAGGCCAUCCGUAGGCUUCUCCAUGUGGCUGUGAGCGAUGUGAACGAUGAUGUCAGACGUGUUGCAGUGACGUCACUCGGAUUUCUUCUGUUCAGAACCCCAGAGCAAUGCCCAAGUGUUGUUUCCCUCCUGUCAGAGAGUUACAACCCUCAUGUGAGGUUUGGAGCUGCAAUGGCCCUUGGAAUUGCCUGUGCUGGCACCGGACUAAAGGAAGCCAUCAGCCUCAUUGAGCCCAUGACAAACGAUCCCGUCAACUAUGUGAGGCAGGGAGCACUCAUUGCUUCUGCUAUGAUCCUGAUACAACAGAACGAAGUCACAUGUCCAAAGGUUAGCCAUUUCAGGCAGAUGUACAGCAAGAUUAUCAGUGAUAAGCAUGACGACAUCAUCGCCAAGUUUGGGGCAAUUCUGGCACAGGGGAUCCUUGACGCAGGAGGGCGUAACAUGACAAUAUCCCUGCAGUCCAGGACAGGACACAGUAAUAUGCAGGCCAUCGUUGGAGUGCUCGUAUUCUGCCAGUUCUGGUUCUGGUAUCCGCUGACCCACUUCCUGUCUCUCUCGUUCACGCCAACGUCCACCAUCGGACUCAACUCCGACCUGAAGAUGCCGAAACUAGAGCUGAGAUCAAACGCAAAACCAUCUACAUAUGCGUAUCCACCGAAUCUUGAGGAGAAGAAAGUUGACAAGAAAGACAAAGUUGAGACUGCAAUCUUGUCCAUCACAGCAAAACAGAAGAAAAAAGAAGCUGAGAAAAAGAAAGAGGAGGAAAAGAUGGACGUGGAUGAGAAGGCUGACGAUAGUACAGAGAAGAAAGCUGACAAAAUCAAAGCAGAGAAGGUCAAAACAGGAAAAGCAGAGAAGGAAGCGGAGGAGGAACCCAAGAAGGAAGAAGAGAAGAAGAAGGAACCUGAACCCAACUUUGAGAUGCUGAACAAUCCAGCUCGCACAAUGAGAGCUCAGUUGAAGGUGCUCUCUAUGCCAGAAGACAGCCGCUACUGCCCACUAAAGGACAUCAGUAAUGGAGGAGUUAUCCUUCUGAGCAACAUCAAGCCAGGGGAAAAGGAGGAGAUUGUAGAGGCUGUCGUUGCUGGAGGCCCUAAGCCGGAGGAGGAUGAAGACGAACCAGAGCCCCCAGAGCCAUUUGAGUGGACCGAGGACUAGACGAUCAACAUGCAACAUGCAAGGGCUCCACAGGUGUCCCCUUGCUACAAAUGUCGUGUCCUGAACUGAUUUAGAUUGACGGAUAUUCUAAUAUUGAGACAAUGUGACAAAUAAUGACUAUUUCUACAUUUAUCCAAAUAAAAAAAUGAGUGUUAUAAUGGGCUUCGUAUUACUUGUCUUAAAUUCAAAAUAUCCAAUUAUAACAAAGCAAAAUCUACUUUCAAUUUUUUUCAACAGCUACAUGAUCCGUUUUGAUAUGUGUUGUAUUUGUGUUGGUGUUUCUAAAUAGUGACCAAUGUAUUGUAGUGGAUUGUUAAUUGACUAUUAACAUGCCGGCUGAAGUAUCACUACUGACUCACAAUACUGUCAGAAAAUCUAAGACACCGGACAGCAGUGUUUCAAAAUGACCUGAGUAGUCCACAUUAAUGUUUAGUUAUCCAUAUUCAUGUAACUAACGGACACAUUUCUAAAUAAUAGGCAAUUUGGCUAAAUGUGUCGAUAAUUACAGCUUUUCUUUUGCAAUAGAUGAUGUCAAAUUAUUGUUAAAAAUUUGAAAUUAAAUAUGAAAAUAAAGUUUUGAACACCUCA